AUGGAAAAUACAGAUGUAACAAAUUUUACUCGAAUGGAUUUAAUUCAAUUUGCUAGCGAUGAGUUAAUUACGAUUGAACCAUUCUUUAAUUCAAGAAAGUUCACAAUUUCCGGAAAAGAGUUUGGACCUUUUAAUCCACCUAAAAAAGCUCAAGUGCCAUUAUGGGCAGCCUUAAUGUUGAAAGAAAAGAAAGUUUGUAAGAUCAUACAACCUGAUUGGUUAACUGUUGAGAAUCUAGACAUAAGGUCAAAAGAGGAAAAGCCAGAAAGUGCUUUUGCUGAUUUACCAUACUGGUAUAAUGAAAUUUCAAGUAUUUUAUUAAAAAAAGCUGAAGAUGAUUUAGAAAAUCCAAAUCAAAUAAGAUAUUUACUACAAGGACUUAAAGAAAAACGUGAAAUGAAAAUAAGACAGGGUUUAUUGGGGUUGGAUCCUUCAAUUCGUCAGACGAUAGGAGAGAGAUGA